CUGUCUGGGGCUCCCCGUGCUGCCCCACCCCAGGGUGUGGGCAGUCGCGGCAGCGCCCUGGCCCCUUCUCGUCCUGCACAAACGUCCUGGCGCGUCCGUCCCGGCCCCUCGGGGUUCCGACGCGCGGGCGCAGCCGGGGCGCCCGUCUGGGCUGUGCUCUCCCUCCGCCCUCCGCGGCGGCGCUCGGGGCUGUUCACUUCCCUCCCGGCGUCUCCCUCCUGCGAAGGCGCCGAGGCCGGUUGUUUCCGCAGCUGCCUGCUGGUCUCACUUGUCCUCGCACGCGGGAGCGCAGCAGACUUGUUCCGUGCCCGCCCCCUUGCCAGUCCGGCAGCGCUCGGUGCCCAGGGCCUGGCUGGCUGCUGUCACUUCGCCUUGUCAGGGCGACGCGCGGCGUGACAGCACUGCAGCACUUUGAAGGUAACCCUCCGCUCUCCGUGCUCCCCUUUCCGGCCUUGAAGACUCUCCUUGGUGUAGGCGGGCGUCCGUUCAUGCUGGGGCCACACGAGGCUGGCGCGGAACCCCGAGUCCAGGGCCGUGUCUCCUGUGUUUCCAGGGCUGCUGCCGAGCCCCCCGCUGGGUAGAGCCACCCUGCUCCGUGCCACCCUCACCUUCCUGACGGCCUGCCCGGGCUUUCUGUGCCCACACCCUCUUGUUUUGUGAUGACGGGUGGUGAGAAUGGCAGCCUGGGACUUGAGAUUGAAAAUGACAGCUCAGCCUGUUCCCGAGGAGCAGAUAUCCUGUGACAAGGAAAUGGAAGAACUUAUGAAAGAGGGAUGCCAUUUUUCCACUCCAGGUGACAACUGGGACUGCAAGGACCUGGAGGGACAUUUGAGGAAAUCAGGCUUAACUCAGGAGAAGCCAGAAACGCGGGAAGCAGUUUGUGAAUAUCCUGAAUUUGGGGAUCUUUUCAGUGCAAGCACACACCUGGCGCCGGGUCAGAGACUCCCGACAACGAAUGGCUUCCGUAUAUGCGACUCAGCUGGUAAAGGUCUGGAUUGUGCCCCGACUAUCCAGAUUUACCAGAAAAGUUGUGCAGCAGAAAGAACCAGUGACGGUGAGACCUGUGAAAAAGCUUGCAAGCAUUCCUUGGAAGCUGUCCAACGUGGAAGAAAUCCCACGAGAGAGAAAGCCUACAAAUACCCUGACACUGUUAAAUCUUACAGCCAUUUUGCUCCUCUUGGUGAACAAAAAGGAGUGAAAAGAGGGAAGGAACUGUAUGGAGAUAAGGACUUUAGGAACAUUUUCCCCCUCAGUUCUUCUCUUAGUGAAAACAGAAGGAAUCAUCCUGGGGAAAAACUGUAUAAAUGUACUGAGUGUGGCAAGUGCUUCAAGCGGAACUCUUCUCUCGUGUUGCAUCACCGAACUCACACUGGAGAAAAACCUUACACUUGUAAUGAGUGUGGAAAGUCCUUUUCCAAAAACUACAAUCUGAUAGUACAUCAAAGAAUUCACACAGGAGAGAAGCCCUAUAAAUGCAGUAAAUGUGGGAAAGCUUUCAGUGAUGGUUCUGCGCUGACACAGCACCAGAGAAUUCACACCGGGGAGAAACCUUACGAAUGUCUAGAAUGUGGGAAAACUUUCAACCGAAAUUCAUCUUUGAUUUUGCAUCAAAGGACUCAUACAGGGGAAAAACCGUAUAGGUGUAAUGAGUGCGGGAAGCCUUUCACAGAUAUCUCCCAUCUCACCGUGCACAUCAGAAUCCAUACUGGGGAGAAGCCCUACGAAUGCAGCAAAUGUGGGAAGGCUUUCCGAGAUGGCUCCUACCUCACCCAACACGAGAGGACUCACACUGGAGAAAAGCCCUUUGAAUGCGUGGAGUGUGGGAAGUCCUUCAACCGUAACUCUCACCUCAUCGUGCAUCAGAAAAUCCAUUCUGGAGAGAAGCCCUACGAAUGUAAAGAGUGUGGGAAGACUUUCAUCGAGAGUGCUUACCUCAUCAGGCACCAGAGAAUCCAUACUGGCGAGAAGCCCUAUGGCUGCAACCAGUGUCAGAAACUUUUCCGGAACAUCGCUGGUCUCAUCCGACACCAGAGGACUCAUACUGGUGAGAAGCCCUACGAGUGUAAUCAGUGUGGCAAAGCCUUCAGGGACAGCUCCUGUCUGAGCAAGCACCAGAGGAUCCACACUAAGGAGACGCCGUACCGGUGUCCAGAAUGCGGAAAGUCCUUCAAGCAGAACUCCCACCUGGCAGUACACCAGAGGCUUCACAGCAGGCCGGGCCCCAGCCGGUGUCCGCAGUGUGGGAAGACAUUUCGCAGGAGCUCGUCCCUCAUCCGACACCAGAGGACACACCCUGGAGAGCCACCCAUGAAACUUAAUGAAUGAGCCACGCUCAUUGCCGACUUGUCUAAGAUCUGUGUCUAGAAGGAAUGUUUUUUUUUGGGGGGGGGGCUCCACCUCUCCGCAGAAGAGCGUCCCUCAGGCUACCCGUGAAUACUGAGUGUGAGACGGUGCUCAGCCAUACUGCUAAGUCUCCGUGCCGGGAGCUCACGGAGAGGACAUAGGACGGUGACAGGAGAAGGCUCCAGACCGUACCUCGCGUGGUAGUGCGCACACUGGAUGACAGCCUGUGCCUGUCGGGAGGUCCCCACCCCCUCCUCCAUCAGAGCGUGGACCUGAAGGAGCUGUGAACGUGUUCCGUAAGUCACCCACGCGAGGACCCCUGGACGGGGCCAUCCGCCUUACUGUACAUAAGCAAACUCUGGCAAGAUCGUGUGGGCAGUGAGAGCGCUUACUCUUUGCUGUGUCAGCAGAGACCUGCUGACAAGAGAAUCCGUACAACAUUCCACUUCACUCUUUGAAUGUAUUUCUGUGUUCAAGUCCCCUAGGUGCUGAGGAUUCAUUCCAGGAGGGUAGCUGGAUGAGAGAAUUGCUCGUGAGUGAAAAUGACCCUCUCCCUCUUCAGCACAGACUGAGGCAGACUCGCGCUAAGGCGGGGAGGGCUGCUGCCGAGGCCUCGAUCUGUUGCUUUGUUUGAAUGAAAAGUCACUGAGUUCUGCUUCCGUGAACAGCUCCCUGUUGUGUGUUAAGGGCACUUCUGAUUUGUACCCUACAGCCAUGGUCAACCAUCAUGAUAAAGGGUUUGUUCUCAAGCCGAAAGUUUCUCAUCUGGCAACAAUCACCAAGUAGACGAAACUAGUUUGGCUGUGGUUCAGCUGUGUAGAGCAGGCGCACGUCAGAUGUAGACUGGAAGCCGAUCAUGGCAAAAUAAAUGGUUUUAUAGCGGAUUGGAGUCGCGUAUGAUUUUUUUCCUAUUAUAAAUCAUACAUCACUGAUGUACUACCACGUAGUAAUGUAAUAUGAAUCACUCCAAUAAUCCGAUCAGAAACAACAAGGUGCUGCCAGAAGAGGUGGUUCUGGGGGAACCCAGUUUCAGCAACGAGGCCAGAUGGGGCUCAGCAGGGGCGGGCGGGAGGCAGAUGGAAGCUAGAGGGGCCAGGCCCAAGCUGCUCUGGGCCCAGGGCAAAGAAUCAUUUCCUGUGUUGGGUCUUGGUGGGCCGCUUCUUGGGACACUGCUUCGGAUUGAGCCAGUUGGGGCCUGAGAGGCCAGACAGCUCUGAGGGCUUCGGUGGCAGUGCUGUUUGCUUUGUGAGGCUUGGUAACACCGCUGCUCUUGAGGUCGUCAAGCCAGCAGUAGGGAGGGAGGGCGCGGGGUGGGGGAGACCUCGAAAGAGGAACGAGGCAGCUGCUUCUGCAAGCGUCCAGCCGUGGAGCCCGUACGCCAUACGCCACCCCACUGUCCUGCGCUCUCCAGAUACUGCUGCCUCUGGCCCUGAGAACCUUGGGGUCUUAGCUGAAGAUCUAGGAAUCUGAAAGGUAACUGUACUUUUGUGAUUUACAGGAAACAGAUGUUUGAGAUGACCAAGAUCGUUCUCGUCGCCUGGUCUCAUCCACAGCCCCCAGAACCUGGCAUGCCCCCGGCCGUGGGGGCAACUUCUGUCAUGAUACUGGGUCUUCUGUCCCCGGUUCCUGAGUAAAAAUAGUUGUGGA